AUGGAGUUAUUCAAUGCUAUCAAUGAAUAUAAGUAUGAAUUCAUUGAAUCUAAUGUCGAGAUCACGACACCCAGUGAUAUGAGUCGUGCUAUUUGUAUGAAAUACGAGGGAGAAGUGAAAACCGCUAUCAGACUGUCCAAGAGAUUGAAAGCCUAUGACCAGCUCUGCGACGAUGAUAAGAUUGAGCUGGUUAAGAAAAUAAUCACUCAAUUCUGGUAAAACUUGAUUUAUUAAAAGCAAAUAAACGCAACUUUUAUGAACUUUAUAAAAACUAUUUAUACGCUCUGGGACCUGAGGUUCAGGCAAAUUCACCAAUUAUUGACUUGUUAACAGCAAUUGCCCUGUUCAAUCCAAACAGAUCAAACCUUAUCAAUAAAAAUAUUAUUAAACUCGAGCAGCAAAUUUACAUUUAUUUAUUAAAGCGAUAUUUACUACAAAAUUAUCGGUCAGAAAGUGAAGC